GAAUGGUAGAAUAUGGCUACCCAGGGCAUUGUAAAACUUCUCAAUCUUACUCAUACACGGCGCUGAAAUGGCGUAGGACUAUUUAGCUGUGUAAAUUCGAAGCAUAUCAUGCUGGGGGAGAAAUCGACAUCCAUUAUUUUGUUAUUCAGCACACUGGUCAAACAUGUUCCCGCGCGCCUAGCAGACUUCACAGAUCUCGAGUGAUAUGUUUAUGUAUCCCAGAAGCCAUCAAAGCUGACCGUAUGGUUCUCACAUUUCCAAGAGUUCAUCUCCCCCUAGUGGACAGCUGUCUUUGGCCCUAUUUCAUUCCUCAUCGCGUCACUGGACAGGUGAGACUGCACAUCUGUAGACACACCUGGUCCAGAACUACUUCAUUAUUCAGGAGGGGCGGGGCACGCCAGGCCAGCUAAUGGGAUUAGCUUCUGGCAUUUAACUGAAUGUCACUCUAAAAGUAAGCUGUCUCAUUUUUUGCUCAGAUUUCUAAACACUCACUCUCAAAACACAGUACACACACACUCUCAAACUUUGCACUUUUGGUACCAUCCAUCCAUCCCUCACUUACCAGUUAGCAUGGCGAGCACGACGUCCGAAGCAGCUCCGAGUGACCUUAAGAGAAAAGCAAGGGGGCUGCCGUAGGUUUUUUGUCUUUAGCAAGCAUAAUUAGCCCUCUGCCAGCCAAAUAAAACUAUACUGUAUUGCAAGUGCUGAUAAUCAUUGUGAAUCGGAUCUGAUAUGGUCAUUGUUAUCUUCCACAGGUGUGUGGUCUACAAGAUCAGAACAAAGUCUUAGAAACACGACUGAACAUCCUGCUGAAGCAGGAGCCCUACAAGGCCAACAUUAAUGAGAUUGUGAAUGAUCUGAAAGACAAUCUGAAGAGACAGGUGGAAAGGUUAGCCCUGGACAACGACAAGCUGCAGCAGGAGCUGCAGCAGGCUCAGGAUGAAGUUGAGCGCUCAAGGGACAAGUAUAAGAAGGAGGUCCAGAAGAAGGCUGAGGCGGAGGAUGACAGCAUCAGCCAUGUUAUUUGCAUGCGUGAAAUUCCUCUCAAAAUGCAAAUUUUCCAUCAAUUGUCAUAACACAAGUGUCAGACUCCUCUUAUCUUACAGAGGUGGAGAAGCCCCCAGAGUUGGACAUGAAGGACAUCCUGGACAAAGUGAAGGCCCAGUAUGAGGCCAUGGCGGCCCAGGCUCGUGAGGAUGCAGAACAGUUGAACCAAGAGAAGAUGGAGAAUAUGAUGCAACAGGCAAAUAAGCAUGAACAGGAGGUGAGAGACCAGAAAAACGACAUAGCCGAGCUCCUCCGACAGAUCCAGAGGCUGAAAACAGACCUGGAGAUCCUCUCCAAGCAGAAAGUGCAUUUGGAGAGUGAUAUCUCUGAAUGCGAUGAGAGGGGGAGGAAGGCCAGCCUGGAUGCUCAAGAGAGGAUCAAUCAGCUGAAGGCCGCUCUACAGAAGGCCAAGCAGAACAUGGCCCUAAUGCUCCGCGAGUACCAGGAGCUGCUCAAUGUCAAACUGGCCCUGGACAUCGAGAUAGCGACGUACAGGAAGCUUCUGGAAGGGGAGGAGAUGAUAAUGACUGAGAACGCCACACUUAAUAAAGCAGCCAGUAAAACGGAUUUCUAAACAAAACAAAACAAACAAACAAAAAACAUCCUGCCUAGCUUAUGCAGACUUGACACAACCAUCAGAGAGUCAGAAGCCGCCUUCACCUCCCUCUCCUGCCUUGGUGGAACCUGGCCCCAGAAAAGUAAUCCUCAUCAAAACAAUCGAGACCCAGGACGACAAAGUCAUCUCUGAGGGCUCCUACUUGUCUGAGGCGUAGUGGCUCAGAGUCAAGGCUCACACAGAUAGCACCGGUCACUCCUCUUAGCCCCACGCCAUCCAAAAAUGUCAGUACUGGUGUUGGACAUAGUUUAUCUUUCAAAUAGUCUUCUGGGGUUUCUGUUAUUAUCAAAGGGUAACUUUUUAAGAAUGUGGGCAGACUAACACUUUGCUAUAUUUUGCACUGAGUUUGUCUUUAUUUAUGUCUGGAAAUAAAGAUGUCUCCCAACUGUCCUUUACCAUUCCAUCUUCUCUG